UCCCCCACUUUUGAGCCUUAAACCAAAGAGCUUCUGCCCCAUCUUGUUUUGUGUAACACAACAACAUGGCCAGCUAUAUGGCAUUAGUUUCUUCAGGUCAACCCAAUGCGGAUAGCCUGAGCUUACUGCCAACGUUGUCCGCCGAGAUCUUGACCCAAAUUCUCACAACCCAUGCCCCCUCUGAUAUUGAAAAGUUGGAUGUUGAAUCUCUUUUCUCUAUUGUCAACGACGUCCUUAACCGUGCCACCAUGACCGUUGAUACUGUUUUGCAAUUGCAGCCUGGUACUGGUCCUCAUGAAGCCACUGAACACUUGGAGGAUAAGAGCCAAGGAAGUUUUAUUCCACCCUUGUGUGCAUUCAAGCAAAUUUCCUGUGAGAUGCAAUGCAAGGGCCCACGUGAGAAAAUUGCUGGGGAAACAACACUGUCAAUACUUAAGAAGUUAUCAAGCUAUUCCUGGGAUGCAAAGGCAGUGCUGACUCUAGCUACUCUCGCUUUGGACUACGGGGAAUUUUGCCUACUUGGCAAAACUCAGUCAUCGGACCAACUUGCCAAAUCAAUGGGAACCCUGAAGGGGGUACCUGUUCUCUUUGAAAGACUGAAGAAGCACAGCCAAGCAGUUGAUGAUCUUAAAAAGGUGAUCAAAGCCACAGUGGAAGUGAUCAAAUGCAUCAUUGACUUGACAAAGCUGUCGAAUUAUGCCAAGAAGGAUGUUGCAGUGGCUGUUUAUUGGGCUAUUGAAACCAUUGUAGCCAGCACGACUCAGCUUUGCUACCUCAUUACCGAUGAGGAGAAGAAACAGGAACUACGCCCCUAUGCUGAUAAACUCUCAGUCAUCCUCACCAAUCUUAAGAAAGAGAAAGCCAAGAAAAAGGAGGAAGAGGAUUACAGAAAGCUCAAGGAAAUUGUUAAUACUCCUAAGGACCUCGUGGAGGUACUGGAAAUAAUAUUGAUUGAUCCCACGAACAAGAUACCGCCACUAAUUGAUGGUUCCACUAACAAACCGGUUGAAAUUAAUUCCGUAAAGGGGAAGAGUGUCUUCUUGUUCAUUUCGGGCCUACAUAUCUCCCGUGAUGACAUCUCAAUUCUCAAGCCAUUUCUUGAUAAAACAGGGAAGGAGGACCAAUAUAGGAUUGUGUGGAUACCAUUUGUUAAGCAAUGGACCGAAGACCUGAAAAAGAAAUGGACCGAAGACCUGAAACCGAAAUGGACCAAAGACCUGCAGUUGUCUAAGAUGCUAUACGUAGCAACGGAUUAUUCUUUACCAAGAGCAAGCCAUAUGUACAUCAAUCAGAAGUGGAACUUCAAGUUUAACGAGCCCUUAAUUGUGGCGUUUAACCAGCAAGGAAAGGUGGAAUGUAAGAAUGCAAUUCACAUGAUCAGGGUUUGCGGAGCUGAGGCCUUCCCAUUCACUUGGGAAAGAGAAAAAACUCUGUUGAUGGAAAAGGGUUUGAUAGGGGUAACAGCAACUCACGUUGAUUCACAGAUAGAAAACUGGAUCAAAGAGAAGAAGUACAUCUUUUUGUAUGGAGGUCAGGACGAGUGGAUCCAAAAAUUUACUAAAAGUGCAGAAGUCCUUGUCACUGAUCCAAUGGUAAAGGGAAAAGGGAUUUCCAUAGAGUUGGUAUCCAUCCAAGAUGACAACAUCCUAAAACGAUUUUGGAACAAGAUUAAGAACUUGUUCACUUCGAGGGCUCAAAGGGAGACCGAGAUGGACUCUAUGAAGCUACAUAUCGAAAAAUUGAUUUCCUACAAGAAGAAAAAGAAAGAAUGGGCUGUGCUCAGCCAAGGGUCUAGCAUUAUAGUGAUCAGUGGGAAAAAAAUGCUGACAGUCUUGGAGAAGUUUGAUAGUUGGAAGCAGCGUUUGGAGGAGAAGGACUUCCAAUCCGUUUUCAUAGAAUACCAUAAGGAGGUUCUUAAGCCUGAUGAUCAAAUUUGCCAUCACAUGAAAAUUCCAUACAACACUGCAAAAAUACCAGAGACCAUGGAAUGCUCCCAUUGUCAUCGCGUCAUGGACACGUAUAUCAGUUUCAAGUGUUGCCACAAUGAUGGUGCUCCAUGGGCUUAAGUUGCUACCUUGCUUCGAACUGGUAUUGCUACUAAAUUAAAUAAUGUGGUUACCUAGGUAACCGGAUGCUAUAUAUAUAGUAUUAAGAUGAGGUGUGACAUGAAGUAUUUAUCUUUUAUUUCGAUGUGUGAUAUGAAAACAUGA